AUGUCGCAACCUGCGGAUCGCGGAGUACAAAAACUCAUUAUUGUGAUCAGGAUUGCUGUCGCCUCCGUGGCGCGCAUCACUAAAUUCCUGGGUAACUCUGGUAUACCUCUCAUUACGACUGGAGGUUUUACGUUCGACUUCGUACAGCAAAAGCAGACAUGCCAGGACGAGUUCUACAUGCUGGUACGGACCAGCCCGCUUGGCUUCAAGGACAUGGCGUACUUCAUUAUAAAUGUCAUGAGGCAUUACGACUGGCGACAGCUGCUUCUCAUCAAUGAGCCCGAAGCACAAGUCGACGUCGCCGGAAAAUCUACAUGCCAUCUCAUGAUGAAAACCUUCGCGAACUUUCUCAAAAUAGAAGAUAUCAUUUAUACCCCAUGGGACACAACGUCGGACGGGGGAUUAAAUCAUACUGAAAAUCUAAAAUUUUACCUCGGAUAUAAAUAUACAAGUAAGUGUAGAUUUAAGUGGAAUCGGGCAGCACUUUUGUAUGAAACAUCAGCGUUUGCUGAAUAUGUUGGCGCUAGAGGGGGACACUUAUUGGCUAGCACUAUUCACGACUACAUGAUUCGAGAAGGUGUUCACAUUUUCGGUAGAGAAUUACAAGGGAAUAUACCGGCCAUUGAAACAUUAAGACAAUGGGUCGGAUUUGACUACAGCAGUAAGUCCGGGUUGGAGUUAUUGGGAUUGAACACUGUGUUAAAGUUUUUGGUUUACGUUUCAACGAGGGCUUAUUUUUUAAAUUAG